CCCCGCCCGAGAACUUCCCUGCGCCAGGGCAGAGUUUACUCAUCCCCGCGAGGUGAUCCCACGCGCGAGGGCGGGCGCAGGGCGGCCAGAGAACCCAGCAAUCCGAGUAUGCGGCAUCAGCCCUUCCCACUAGGCACUUCCUUCCUUUUCCCGAACGUCCAGGGAGGGAGGGCCGCGCACUUAUAAACUCGUGCCCCGGCCGAUCCUCAUGUCAGAGGCUGCCUCGCAGGGGCUGCGCGCCGCGGCCAGAAGUGUCUGGACUGGGAUGGACAGAAGCGGCUGUCGCCAUCGGCGUCCUGCGCCCGUCUGCUCCGGCACGGCCCAGUCUCAGUGCCAGCGCUUUCCCCGGCGCCUGCACGCUGCGCGCCUGGGUAACAUGCUCGGGGUCUUGCUCCUUGGCGUGCUGACCCUGGCCGGCCUGGGGUUCCCCGCACCCGUAGAACAGCAGCCCGCGCAGCCCGGUGGCAGCCAGUGCGUCGAGCACGACUGCUUCGCGCUCUACCCGGGCCCCGCGACCUUCCUCGAUGCCAGUCAGAUCUGCGAUAGACUGCGGGGCCACCUAAUGACAGUGCGCUCCUCAGUGGCUGCCGAUGUCAUUUCCUUGCUACUGAGCGGCGACCGCGGCGUUAGCCGGCGCCUCUGGAUCGGCCUUCAGCUGCCACCCGGCUGCGGCGACCCCAAGCGCCUCGGGCCCCUGCGCGGCUUCCAGUGGGUUACGGGAGACAACUACACCAGCUACAGCAGGUGGGCGCGGCUCGACCUCAACGGGGCUCCCCUUUGCGGCCCGUUGUGCGUCGCUGUCUCGGCUGCUGGGGCCACUGCGCCCGGCGAGCCGGUCUGGGAGGAGCAGCAGUGCGAUGUGAAGGCCGAUGGCUUCCUCUGCGAGUUCCACUUCCCAGCUACCUGCAGGCCCCUGGCUGUGGAGCCCGGCGCCGCGACUGCUGCCCUCUCGAUCACUUACGGCACCCCGUUCGCAGCCCGCGGAGCGGACUUCCAGGCGCUGCCGGUGGGCAGCUCCGCCGCGGUGGCGCCCCUCGGCUUAGAGCUGGUGUGCGCCGCGCCGCCUGGAGCGGUUCAGGGGCACUGGGCUAGGGAGGCGCCGGGCGCUUGGGACUGCAGCGUGGAGAACGGCGGGUGCGAGCACGCGUGCAAUACAAUCGCAGGGGCUCCCCGUUGCCUGUGCCCAGCCGGCGCCGCCCUGCAGGCAGACGGCCGCUCCUGCACGCACUCCUGCAACGACCUCUGUGAGCACUUUUGCGUUCCCAACCCCGACAAGCCGGACUCCUACUCGUGCAUGUGCGAGACCGGCUACCGGCUGGCGGCCGACCAACACCGGUGCGAGGACGUGGAUGACUGCUUGCUGGUGCCCAGUCCGUGCCCGCAGCGCUGUGUCAACACAGAGGGUGGCUUCGAGUGCCACUGCAAACCUGGCUACGACCUGGUGGACGGCGAGUGUGUGGAGCCCGUGGACCCGUGCUUCGGAGCCAACUGCGAGUACCAGUGCCAGCCCUUGAACCAAACAAGUUACCUCUGCGUCUGCGCGGAGGGCUUCGCGCCCAUUCCCCACGAGCCGCACAGGUGCCAGAUGUUUUGCAACCAGACUGCCUGUCCAGCCGACUGCGACCCCAACACCUGGGCUAACUGUGAGUGCCCUGACGGCUAUAUCCUGGACGACGGUUUCAUGUGCUCGGACAUCGACGAGUGCGAAAACGGCGGCUUCUGCUCCGGGGUGUGCCGCAAUCUCCCCGGUACCUUCGAGUGCAUCUGCGGGCCCGACUCGGCCCUUGUCCGCCGGAUUGGCACUGACUGUGACUCCGGCAAGAUGGAUGGUGGUGACGACGGCUCUGGGGAGCCCCCCCCAGGCCCGACGCCCGGCUGCACCUCGAGUCCCCCGGCCGUGGGGCGCGUGCAUUCGGGCGUGCUUAUAGGCAUCUCCAUCGCGAGCCUGUGCCUGGUGGUGGCGCUUUUGGCGCUCCUCUGCCACCUGCGGAAGAAGCAGGGCGCCGCCAGGGCCAAGAUGGAGUACAAGUGCGCGGCCCCUUCCAAGGAGGUAGUGCUGCAGCCCGUGCGGACCGAGCGGAAGCCGCAGAGACUCUGAGCGGCCUCUGUCCAGGAGCCCGGCUUUGGCGUGGCCUUUCUCUCCCUCCUGGGCCUCCUCACCCCCAGCUUUGCUACCCAAAGCACCUUAGUUGGCAUUACAGCUGGAGAAGACCCUCCUCGCACCCCCAAGCUGUUUUCCUCGAUUCCUAUGGCUAACUGGGGAGGGAGUGAUUAGAGACAGGAGAAUAAGCCUCGGCCUCUUCCUUGACGUCACUGGACCACUGGGCAGAGAUGGCAAUUUUGCAACAAAGACACAGACUGCAAUGUGUCCCAGGUCCUCAUCACUGGGCGCAGGAGGGUGAGCGUUAUUGGUCGAGAUCCUUUUGGGCAGACCUUGACCUCGUGGGCUAGGGAUGACCAACAUAUUUAUUUAUUUCUAAGUAUCUAGGUUUUUGUUUGUAUCCUUUGUUCCUACCUGUAUGUCUCCAGUAUUCACUUUGCACAGCUCUCCGGUCUCUCUCUCUCUCUCCAGACUCCCACUUGUCAUGUGACAGCUAAACUAUCUUGGUGAAUUUUUUUUUUUUUUCCUAGCCCUCUCGCAUUUAUGAAGCAAGCCCCAUUUAUUCCCCAUUCUUCUUAGUUUUCUCAUCCCAGGAACUGGGCCAACUCACCUGAGUCACCCUACCUGUGCCUGACCCUACUUCUUUUGCUCUUAGCUAUCUGCUCAGACAGAACCCCUACAUGAAACAAAAACAAAAACACUAAAAGUAGAAAUAGCCAUUUGCUUUUUCACCAGAUUUGCUAAUUUAUCCUGAAAUUUCAGGUUCCCAGAGCAAAAUAAUUUUAAACAAAGGUUGAGAUGUAAAAGGUAUUAAAUUGAUGUUGCUGGACUGUCAUAGAAAUUACACCCAAAGAGGUUUUUAUCUUUAUUUUUAAACAGUGGGCCUGAAUUUUGUUGCUGUUUUGAUUUGCACUGAAAAAUGGUAAUUGUUGCUAAUCUUCUUAUGCAGUUUCCUUUUUUGUUAUUAUUACUUAUUUUUGACAGUGUUGAAAAUGUUGAGAAGGUUGCUCUAGAUUGAGAAAAGAGACAAGCACCUCCCAGGAAACAGUUUAAGAAAGUUUUGAACUGCAAGAUUCAUGCCAGUUAGCAAUUGACUGUCACUGUUCUUGUCACUGGUAGACCAAAAUAAAACCAGCUCUACUGAUCUUGUGGAAUUGGGAGCUUGGGAAUGGAUACUGGAGGAUGCCCAAUUAGGGCCUAGCCUUAAUCAGGUCCUCAGAGAAUUUCUACCAUUUCAGAGAGGCCUUUUGGAAUGUGGCCCCUGAACAAGAGUUGGAAGCUGCCCAUGGGAGCUGGUUAGAAAUGCAGAAUCCUAGGCUCCACCCCAUCUAGUUCAUGAGAAUCUAUAUUUAACAAGGUCAGCAGGGGGUGUGUCUGCUCAGUAAUUUGAGGACAACCAUUCCAGACUGCUUCCAAUUUUUCUGGAACACAUUAAAUAUGGAUCAGUUAUAAGUAGCAGGCCAAGUCAGGCCCUUAUUGUCAAGAAACUGAGGAAUUUUCAUUGUGUAGCUUUGCUCUUUUGUAGAAAAGACUAGGUACACAGCUCUAGACACUGCCACACAGGAUCUGCAAGGUCUUUGGUUCAACUAAGCCAGGAAUGAAAUCCUGCUUCAGUAUAUGGAAAUAAAUGUAUCAUAGAAGUAUAUCUUUUGUAAGACAAAGGUUUUCCUUUUCUAUUUUGUAAACUCAAUAUAUUUGUACAUAGUUAUUUAUUUAUUGGAGAAAAACUAGAACACAGGCAAAAUCCUUGCUUAUGACAUCACUUGUGCAAAAUAAACAAAUGACAGUGUGCUCUCGGGUUGUGUGCCUGUUCACUUUUCCUCCCCCCAGUGCCCUCAUUGUAUGUCAUUAAAUGGGACUCAAAAACCAUGCAAAUGCUAUGAGAAGCAUGGAGGACUGCCCUGCGCCCCAGCACUUGUGUUGUCUGGUGAUGGCACCAUCUCUGAUUUUCAAAGCUUUUUCUAGAGGCUAUGAUUUUCACUGUAGAAUGAUUUCAUGCUCUCUCUGUGUGCACAGAUAUUUAUUUAUUUUCCUUCUGUAACCAUAACAACUUCAUAUAGAGGACUUGUGUCUCUGUGCUUUUAAAUACAUUAUAGGAUCAUUUGUUGGAAUGAAUUAAAUAAACCCUUCCUGGGGCAUCUGGAGAAUCCCA